AUGGGGUUGGGAUGCAUCCACCCUGCCCUGUCUCCCAUCCCUCUUCUGCCCCGCAGGACACUCUGCCUGCUCUUGGUCAGCCUGGAGCUGGCCAUCGGCUUCACUCUGGCUGCUGCGGUGCUCUACGCCUCCUGGUUCGACCCCGAGCUCUUCUACCGCCUGCUGUUGCGUGUGCUGUGUGAGGAGACCUACGUCGACCUGGCGUAUGCACUGGGAAAGAUCCUCCCUGUGGUCAGCCUGGAGGUGGAGUCCGAGCAUGCCCGGAGCCAGCUGCUCCCUGCAGUGGCCCACUUCCACCCGGCCUGGAGAACGAGCCUUCCAUCGCUCAGCAGCUUCCACGGGCAGAGCCCAUGCUUGCCUGGGGAAGAGCCCCGCCAAAGCCCGGUGCCCACCGGAGACGCCGUCACCUUUGAGCUGUACUGGAAGCCGGAGCAGGAGCAGUUUGCCCAGACGGCCAAGAUCGCGGAGCUGGAGAAGCGGCUGGCGCAGCUGGAGGCGACGGUGCGGUGCGAGCCCGAGAGCCAGCACCCGCUGUCAGUCGGGCUGAAGGGCACCAGCCUCAUGGAGACCCUGCAGCUCGUGCAGGCCAAGGUCAACGUCCUGGACGUGGCCGUGCUGGACCAAGUGGAGGCCCGGCUGCAGAGCGUCCUGGCGAAGGUGAAUGAAAUUGCCAAACACAAGGCAACUGUGCAAGAUGCCGACACUCAGAGCAAGAUCCACCAGAUCUAUGAGACGAUGCAGCGCUGGGACCCCGUGGCCAGCACCCUGCCCGACGUUGUGCAGAGGCUGGUGACCCUGCGGGACCUGCAUGAGCAAGCCACACAGUUCGGGCAGGUCCUCGUGCACUUGGACACCACGCAGCAGGAGGCGGCUGGGGCUCUCAAGGACAACAGCGUGCUGCUGGCGGAGCUCCAGAAGACAAUGAAGGAGAACCUGGCCAUCGUAGAGGAGAACUCUGCGGAGAUAGACGCCCGCAUCAAGCGGCUGCAGAAGUGAGAGCACCCUGGAGACCCCCCGCACCGGGCAUCCCUGCCCCCCCCAGGCCCUGUGACCCCCUGGGAAUCGCUCCCUGCCCCCGCAGGUACCAGCCCCUGCUUGUAUAUACCCUGGCUCUGCCCCGCUGCAGAGCAUGGGGGCUGGAGGGGUCCUCCCCACCCCUCCCUUCCCACCUCGCGGGGGGGGUGUCUCUGGGCCCCCCCGAUUUACCCCAAUAAACAGCUCAGCUCCACACGCAUGCGUGUCGGCA